CAAUAUGUUUCUACAUAUAUGCGCCUAUAAUUCGUUUAGAAAGUGUUUAUUUUAACGCAAAUAACUAGACUCACGGUUACUGCUGGUGCUGCAAGUGACGACACUUAUUACAAUACGUGUAAUUUUUGUAUCACGUUCACACCGACGGUAUCUACCAGAUUAAGACGCACGUGAAUCUGGUAACUCGACGAUCGCCCGUGCUACUGUUGUUGGGAAAGAAUACAAAUGCUCGCAGAGAACUCGUGAAUCAUGCCUAUCGAUGAAGCUGCUGCAGCUCGGCCAGGGGAUGGGUACGCCGAAGAUGCCCCGAAGAGCGAGAGUGAGGGCGAGGCACGAAGAACACGCAGCAAGCAUAAGAAGAAGCACAAGAGACACCGUCGGGAGAACCGAAUCGACGCCGCGGAAGGCGACGGCGCCGACGACGGAAAGGCGAACAGCGGCGGAGAAGAUGUGACCGUCGCCAGGAAGAAACACCGCAAACACAAGCACAGUCGCGCGAGGCGAGAUCGCCCGCGCAGCGGCGACGACGACGACGGCGCGGCGUCACACUCCGAGCCUCCACAGAGAAGCAGCGUGAUCAGCGUGGUGCACCGCGUCCCGCAAGCGGCGCCCCCUGGUGUCGCGAGCGGCGAUUCUGAUCACAAGGAGUCGGCCGACGAGCGACGAGACGACCGGGAGGAGGCGGAGACCAACGAGAAGAAGAGAGGCGAGACCGCGGAGAGGAGCGACGACGGAGAGAGGAAUGAUGUCGCAGGAGAGGAUCGAAACGGGAGCGUGAAGAACAGGAGGAGGUCGCCAGCGAGCGACAACGCGGAGGAGGAUCGAAACAGCAGCGUGAAGAACAGGAGGAGGUCGCCAGCCAGCGACAAUGCGGAGGAGGAUCGAAACAGGAGCGUAAAGAACAGGAGGAGGUCGCCAGCGAGCGACAACGCGGAGGAGGAUCGAAACAGCAGCGUGAAGAACAGGAGGAGGUCUUCGGAAAGCAGCCACAACGACGACGCGAACCACGAGUCCGGAAGGCGGCAGGACGAUCGCGAACGGCGCGACUACAGGCGAUUGCGGGAUGAGCGUCACCACGACGACCGAUCGAGGUAUCGCCACGACGACUGGCCGAGAGACUAUCGCGACGACCUGGAGGACUACCGGAGGCAGCGCGGCUUCGACGGUCGCGGACGUGACAGGAGAGAUUACGGCGGGCGACGGCAGAACGGCGGCUACGACCGGCGCGACGCUCCGCGACGACACCGCUCCCCUGAGCGUCGCGAUCCACGCAGGAACGACGCUGACGGUAGCAGCAGGCGUGAGGAGGGAAGAGACAGGGAUAGAAGGGAGGGGAGAGAGCCGAGAGACAGGGCAAGGGCGAGCAGGGAGAGAGAGGGAAGCGCCGACGAAUCGGGAGAGAAGAGAAAGCGCAGCAGCCCGGAGGAAGCUGGCGGCGCGACGGAGAAGGACGGGAAACCGGAAUCCGCCGCCGCUGCUGCCCCUGCCGAACCUACCGCGAAGAAGAAAAAGGUCGAGGACAUCUUGACGAUGAGGACGGGCGGCGCGUACAUCCCGCCGGCGAGGCUGCGCGCGAUGCAGGCGCAGAUAACGGACAAGUCUAGCGUCGCCUACCAGCGGCUCGCGUGGGAGGCGCUCAAGAAGAGCAUCCACGGCACCGUGAACAAGAUCAACGUCGCAAACAUCGGCACGAUCGUGCGCGAGCUCUUCCAGCACAACAUCGUGCGCGGCCGCGGCCUGCUCGCGCGCUCCGUCAUCCAGGCGCAGGCGGCGUCGCCGACGUUCAGCCACGUGUACGCCGCCCUGGUGGCGAUCAUCAACACGAAGCUGCCGCACGUCGGCGAGCUCAUCCUGCUGCGACUGAUCAUGCUCUUCCGCAAGGCGUUUCGGCGCAACGACAAGGAGGCGUGCCUGACGGCGAGUCGCUUCGUCGCGCACCUCGUCAACCAGCAGGUGGCGCACGAGGUGCUCGCGCUCGAGAUGCUUACGCUGCUGCUCGAGAACGCGACGGCCGACUCGGUCGAGGUGACGAUCGGCUUCCUGAAGGAGUGCGGCGCGAAGCUGACGGAGGUGUCGCCGCGCGGCGUCAACGCGAUCUUCGACCGGCUGCGCUCCGUGCUGCACGAGGGCGGUGUCGAGAAGCGCGUGCAGUACAUGAUCGAGGUCGUCGCUCAGGUGCGCAAGGACGGCUUCAAGGACUUCCCCGCUGUCGUGCCCGAGCUCGACCUCGUCGCCGAGGAGGACCAGUUCACGCACACGCUCACGCUCGAGGAUACCGGCGACGCGCAGACGCAGCUCGACGUCUUCCAAGUCGAUGCGGACUUCGAGGCGGCCGAGGAGAAGUACGCCGACAUCCGCCGCGAGAUCCUCGGCGAGGGCAGCGACGACGACGAGGGAGGCAGCGGGUCCGACGACGACGACGACUCGGAGGAUGAGGAGGGUGCGAAGACGACGGUCGUCGACGCGACGGAGACGAACCUCGUCGCGCUGCGGCGCAGCAUCUACCUGACGAUCCAGUCGAGCCUCGACUACGAGGAGUGCGCGCACAAGCUGCUCAAGCUCGAGCUGAAGCCCGGCCAGGAGACGGAGCUCUGCCACAUGAUCCUCGACUGCUGCGCGCAGCAGCGCACCUACGAGAAGUUCUACGGCCUGCUCGGGCAGCGCUUCUGCGCGAUCAACAAGGCGUACGUGGCGCCGUUCGAGGCGAUCUUCGCGCAGUCGUACGAGACGAUCCACCGGCUCGAGACGAACAAGCUGCGCAACGUCGCCAAGUUCUACGCGCACCAGCUGUUCACGGAUGCGAUCGCGUGGUCGGCGCUACAGCACGUGCGCCUCACCGAGGACGACACGACGCCAUCGAGCCGCAUCUUUAUCAAGAUCCUCUUUCAGGAGCUCGCCGAGUAUAUGGGCCUCGCGCGGCUGAACGAGCGGCUCGGCGACCCGACGCUCGUCGCGCACUUCGAGGGCAUCAUGCCGCGCGACCACCCGCGGAACACCCGCUUCGCGAUCAACUUCUUCACGUCGAUCGGGCUCGGCGGCCUGACGGACGACAUGCGCGCUCACCUGCUCAACGCGCCGAAGGCGAUCAUGGAGCAGACGCAGGACGUCGACUCGACGGACAGCGACAGCAGCAGUGACGACGACAGCAGCAGCAGCAGCGACAGCUCUGACAGCAGCAGCAGUAGCAGCGACAGCAGUAGCAGCAGUUCGGACGACAGCGAUUCGUCGUCUUCAUCGUUGUCAUCCGAUUCCAGCGACUCGUCCUCGGAAGAAGAAUCCAGAAACAACGUCAAACGCAAGUCGUCGACGACGACGACGAAGAAGAAGAAGAAGCAGAAGAGGAAGCCCGAGUCGCCCGCGAAGAAAAAGAAAAAGCAGCAGCAGCCGCAACCGGAGAAAAAGAAGAAGAAAAGGAGGAAGAGGAAGCGCGGCUCGGAUAGCAGCUCCGGGGAGGAAGCCGCAGAGGACGGCAACAACCGUGAGGCCCAGAAGGGGGUUGAGGAGAUGAUCCGGGACCGGAUGUACCUGGAAGCGAUGGGCGAGGCGAGGAAGCCUGCACCCAAGCCGAAACCCGACCGCGAGACGAGAGAGCGGCGUCCCGACGACGCGCGCGACCAGGAGAGGAGGCACGAGAGGAACGGCGACGGGAAGAGAGCCGACGGGGAUGACGGCAAUGACCGGAUGCGGAAAACGCACGAGGGUCGCCGGUCGAGCAGGGGUGAGGGCGACGAGCGGAGGCAAGGGAGAGAGAAGCCGUUCGAGGGCGGCCGAAGCUCGCCGGUCGCUCUCGGCGAAGACGGAGGUAGUCACCGGCGAAAUCGCUCGCGAGACGGGAGCGGCAGGCGGGGGCGGGACUGAUGGUAAGAUUCCCCCAUCGCGCCGUCGUUGAUGGUGCCUUGCGAAAGUUUGUUAUACAUCGAUUUCUCGUUUUACUUCUAGCAGACCUAGAAGUAAAAACUACUUCUGGUGAGAGAAUCUUGCUCCGGAUGGCAUGGCUCCAUCGUUCGUGACGGUAUGUCGGCACCUAUUUUCGUGUUUGUAUUGUUUACACAGGACAGCAGGACACGUUCUGUAGUCGGCGUCCCAGCAAACCAUCCGUAACCCAGUGAAGUCACGUGCCGUUACUAGUGGGGCGUUCUAAAGGGAUGCUGUUCAUCUCUGCCGAUCCUGUGUUCUUAUAUUGAUAAUGAUUGUGCCGUAUUGUUUAGUGACUGUAAUGAUCGUUUUGUGUUCGAUUGUAAAUAGAGACAGCGAUCGUGCAUUGACAGCACACGCUCACGUAAAUCAUUGAGCAGGUUCAGGAGUCAGCGAGUUAUACGGAUAGAAAGCUUCACUCCAACUUCGUAACUUUUUUAUGAAGUUUUUGGUUUCACUUUUGAUUACGUCAGCAAGUGGGAGCGGUUUGUACGUGGAGAAAAUUGUGCGGUUAACUUUCACACACUUGCCGUGUUAAUAGCACUGCGCAAGUGUGGUUGAUAGUUGUAUAUAUAGCAGUACAUCCUAAUAAGGCAAUCUAAUACAGUUCCUCUAUAGUUAUGUCUAAGUAGCUAGCUUGUCUCAUAUGUUCGUGCAUUUAUAAGAUUAGAUCAGCCUUCAGCCAACCUAAACUUCUGUCAAAUACGUGUUAGCAGACAUCCGUCUGUAAAUGACACCUUUGGCAUUUCUCUUUAGUGGCCGUUAUACAGAGAAACCAGCUCUAUAGAAUAGGCCCUUACAUACACAGCGGUCGUAUUCUGGCUAACGCUCCAUUAGGAGUGUUCCCAACUUUGAUAUCAUUAAUGAUUAAUGAUUGAUAAUCAUAACC